AUGACCUCAGUUAUUCAACCAUCAACACAAUCCUCGUCUUUAUUAUCGUUAUCAUUUGAACCACCUGCCCCAAAUAAAAAAGUUUUACCAUUAUUGUCACCACAACAAAUACACACUUCAAGAAAUGCUCGGCAUGUUAUAAAUUGUAACCAUUUAUGCUACAAAUCUUCAGCCGAUGGAAACUUAUUGAAUAAUAUGACACAUCCACAUGUAGUUAAACAUCAUUUCUCUUGUAAAACAGAGGCUACUCCGAGUAAUAUUCCGAAGACAUUACUUUUAUCUCCACCGCUACCAACACGUCGUAGACCCGGAGAUUUACUAACAUCACAUCGUUGUUCAAAAGGUCCAACAAGUCGAUCAUUAUCUUCGGAUCAUUGUGAACGCAAUAAUUCAACUUUAAAUGAUGAAUACUACCAAACGAAAACUUCUUUCCAGUCAUUAAAUUCAACUACAAAUAAAUUAAUCAAAUCGCAAUCACCUCCAAUGAAAUUGAAAAAGUCUUCACAUUUUAUAUCAUUAACUAAAAGCAAUGAAUUUAAUUCAGAUGAUUUAUUAUGUACUGAAAAUAAUUCAAAUCAUCAACAUCACCAUAAUGAUCACCAGGUUGCUAAUCAAUUAAAUAAAGAAGAAUUUUCACGUCUUCCUGUUGGUUUUCGCUGGAAUUAUAUUUUUGUAAAAUUAUCCAAUUGGUUUCAACGUAUACAUACAAUAAAUUAUUCAAGAACUUCAUCAGAUCGUGUAUCAUCUUCCAUACCGAUACAUAAUAAUAAAUCUGCCUCUGUUUCAAAUUCCUAUCGUUAUCAAAUAAGAAAAUUUGAACCGACUAGAUCACGAAGUCAACCAGAUGAAAAAUCUGGCAAAAUUAAAUCUAAUCUACAUAAUAAUGAUCAUUUUUUUAGUGAUUCUAAAACAAAUAUACAAUUAUCAAGUGAAAUUAAUUAUUCUAAUCGAAAUAUUUUAUCAUCAGAUUUUGAAUAUAGGAACAAUUUGAAAAAUGGAAGUUUACCAUUCUCUUCAUCUUCAUUAAUAUCUAAUGAGAAAUCAACUGGAAAUUUAAUAGAUUUUUGUCAUACUGAUCAAUCUCCUAUAGUUUUCAAUAAUAAUUCAUGCAGUAAUAAUAAUUCAUGUUCAUGUUCAAUUAUGUCUCUCAAUGAUUUAACAUACAGUAAAUUUCAUGAAAUCUCUUCAAAAUAUAAUGAUAUAAAUUGUUUUUGUACUCAAAGUUGUCCAAUCAAUUCACAUCAAUUAAAUGAACUACAUCUUGAUAAUCAGAUAUCAUUUACAUCAUGUGUAUCUGAUUGUUGUUUUUGUCAAAGAUACUUCAAUUACUGUGAUCAUAAUCGGUUAGUUUCAUUUUCUUCUAAUAAUCAAUAUGAACAAGAUAAUCGAAUUUUACAAUCAUCACAUUAUCAUGAUCUACAACAGCAGUAUUACCACCAUUAUUAUUCUUGUCAACAUCAUCAUCAUUAUUACCAUCAUCAUCAUCAUCACCACCGUCGACAGCAACAACAUCAUCAUUUAAGUCAUGAUUUCAAUCAACGUCAUAUAAAGUUCAUGAAUAAUCAGCACACAACAAAUAUAUGUUGUAGAAAUUAUCCAACACAAAAUAAAGCUGUAAGAAACUUUCAUUUAAAUUUAGAAAACCAAUAUACUACUAUUGGUCAACUAGAUCAAAUGAGAUCUGAUUGUAGGAAAAUAUCUCCGUCGAAUAAUAAAAAAAUUGACUGUUCAUCACCUGUCAUCACUUUACAGUGUUUAAACUUGACAGAAAAACAAUCAAAUAGAUUGAACGAUAAUAUUGGCAGUGUAACAAGUGUAAAUAAUAAUAAUAAUAAUAAUAAUAAUAAUAAUAAUAAUAAUAAUUCAAUAGAUAAUGAGCAUUCAAUGAAUACAAGAAAUAUCUCAUCACGUUUCAUAGAUUAUCAUCAACAUCAUAACCAAAUGCUUGUACAAAAUCAUGAGCAUGAAGCUGUUGAGCAUAUGAAUGAGGAUGACAAUGUUGUAAAAUGUACAAACUCAGAAAUCACAUGUUCAAAUUUAACUAUUGGUAAAUCUUCUGAUGAAAAAGUACAGUCGACGAAUAUUUCAAAAAUUGAUAUGACUACUACUACUACUACUACUACUACUACUACUACUACUACUACUACUACUACUGCUAAUACAUUUCUUCAUCAAAAGUUUGUAACCGAUUUGAUAUUUUUAAAACGCAUGGGUUGGUACUGGGGUCCAUUGACAGUCGAAGAAGCUGAAUUGCUAUUAAAAAACUGCGCGGAUGGAACUUUCCUUGUACGUGACAGUAGUCAUGAUUCAUACAUUUUAACUGUCAGUUUUCGCUCUGGUGGUCAAAUUUACCAUACAAGAAUUGAACAUCUGGCUGGCAAAUUUAGUUUGGCUCUAUUAAAUGAUUUAAAUAACAAUGUUUCAUCAAGUGUAGCUGAAUGCAUUGAACGUGUAAUGGUUGAUUCUUUUCAAGAUCGUAUGCAUUUUUUACCAACUCUUGAUGACUCUUCAUUAUCUAUUAAUAUUAAUACAAAUGUACAGUUUAUUAAUAAUGAUCAACAUCAUUCUGACCAACAUCGACAACUUCAACAAUUUAAUAAUAAUAAUAAUAAUAAUAAUAAUAAUAAUAAUAUAUCACAACCAUUUGAAUCCACACGCCGUUCUACCUCCACUACACAUAUUAAAGCUUCUUUAAUUCAUCCACUGUCACGUUUUUUAAUUGUUCCAUCAUUAGUACAUUUAUGUCGUUUUGAAUUGCUAUUACAUGUUCGACAUGAUCAUAUUGAUUUAUUACCAUUACCACCGCAUAUAUUACGUUAUUUAAAAGAAAGUCAAUAUUAUGCAGAAUUUAUACCAGCUUAUUUAGAAUUAUUAACCAAUAUGAAUAGUAAUAAUGAUAAAGUUUAAUCACCAUUCUAAUAAUAAUAAUAUGAUCAAUUUACAUGGGUUUCUUUGUUUUAUUGUAAGAAAAUUUACAAUCAGCAUUUCAAUCAUUACAUUCCAAUAUAUAACUAAGAAUUUAUUAUUAUCCAUUCAGUAUGUAUACAGUGACGAAACGAUCAAAGAUUAUCAUGACAAUAAAUAGUUUACACAAAUUACUAUUAUUCUAUAGUUUUAUUUUGGGUAAAAACAGAAGAAAAAAAACGUCAUUUCAUUUUGAUGUUGUUCGUCUAGUUCUAUUUAUUUGUUGGUUUCACGUCUUUUUUAUUGAUUACAGUUAUGUUUGUGCGUUUUUUUAAUGCAACUGUUGAUGUUGUGUUACUAUCAUGUUGAUUAUUGAGAAUUUACCAGUGGAUAUCACAAAUUAUACUACUACUUAAUAAUGAACGGUAGUUCUUUUUUACCAUAAAUAGUUUGUUUAGUGAAUAUUUAAACAUAUGAACACAUAAUUUGUUUGAUUAUAGUUCUUUCUUUUUCUUUUUUUAAUGAACAAUCGAGAAAAACGAUGUAUGAAUUCUACCUCACACUAUGUUUGUAAAUAUAUGUGUUUUUACUUCAAAUAAUUACAAUAUAUAUAUUUACAGAAUUGUUAUUCAUAAAUUUUAAAGUGAGCGUUUAGUUCAUAAAUAUUCGUAUAAACAUAAGCUUGACUUUAGAUCAAUACGAAACUCAAACGGAUUUGAACAUUGAACAUCAGUUGUUAUUUUUAUGUUCUUUCUUUAUUGAUUAUUUGUUAUUGUAGUUGUGUUUUGUUCUGUUUUUUUUUUUUUUUU